AUUUUUUAUUUUCAAAAAAAGAAAGAAGAUGGUGAACUGAUGUUGACGAUAGAGUAAAUGUGAAGGCUUCCUCUGCUUUUCUUACAACUGGGAAGUCGCGAAUCGCGACAGUAAACCAAAUGACUCAGUCGGUGAAUGCACCUCCCCACCAGAUUCACAAUCAGAUCCACCCUCACCAUCAUCACUAACAACACUCUUUCUCCACUCACAACAAUUACAUUACCAAUUUCAGAUCUCAAAACCAAACCCAAAAAAAUGAAGGAUUCAAACUCAAAUUCAAGCACAAACACCAUUCGAACCGAACCCAUAGCCCAAAACAUAAUCAAACUCAUAAGCAACCUCUGUUUCUCAAUCUUCGUCUUCUCGGUUCUCAUCUUCACCGUCAUUGCAAUCACAUACCAACCACCCGAUCCAUGGCUUCAGUCUUCCCCAGCUCUCACCAACCUCUUCACCCAAACUGAAAACUCCACCUUCCACAUCGACACCUCCGUCAUCAAAACCGGCGAAGAUAUCCCCCUUUCCCCACAGGACUCCCCUCUCCCUCUUCCUUCCUCCGCCGUCGCCGCUAAUGCAACCCCCGCCGUCACCGAAGCUCUAAUUGAAAAAUCCGAGGAGAAAAUCGCGAACUCCUCAACUACCUGUGAAGACCUCCCUGAAACCCUAAACUGCUCCGAUCCUCGAGUCCUUAUCACUAUCCAGAGAUUCAACCUCCGCGCUUUCAAGUCAAUUUCGUUCUUCGAGUAUCGAACUCCCGUGAACGGAACCGUUCCCGGCGAGUGCGACGUAUCCUGGCGCUUCCGUAACAAGAGAGAGAAAUCAUGGCGGAAGUACCGCGAUUUUCGUCGUUUCAAGAUUACUGUAACAGAUGACUGUCGCUAUAAGGUUAUUCACGCCGGGGGAUUUCAUUCUGGCACUAAUGCGCGUCGAAACCCGGUGCUCCGGUCGAGAACAGGAGGGAGUAAGGGGAAAACUGUGCCGCUAAUUUCGACGCGGGAUGAUGAAAUCAAUGACACGAUUCCGACGUUGGGUUCGGAGAGUAAUUUCAGGAGUGGUAAGUAUUUGUAUUACUCACGAGGUGGUGAUUAUUGCAAGGGUAUGAAUCAUUAUAUGUGGAGUUUCUUGUGUGGUUUGGGGGAAGCUAUGUUUUUGAAUAGAACUUUUGUUAUGGAUUUGAGUGUUUGUUUAGGUUCAAUGUAUAACCCUAGUAAUAAAGAUGAGGAAGGGAAGGAUUUUAGGUAUUACUUUGAUUUUGAGCAUUUGAAGGAGGUGGCUUCUAUUGUGGAAGAAGGUGAGUUUUUGAGAGAUUGGAAGAGAUGGGAUAAGACUCAUCUUAAGAAAAGGAAGGUUCCUGUUAGGAAAGUUGUCACUCACAAGGUUACUCCUAUGCAGCUUCAGAAAGAUAAGAGCACUGUCAUUUGGAGGCAAUUUGAUUCCCCUGAGCCUGAGAAUUAUUGGUAUAGGGUUUGUGAAGGUCAAGCUGCUAAGCAUAUUCAGAGACCUUGGCAUGCUUUGUGGAAAUCUAAGAGGUUGAUGAACAUUGUUACUGAGAUUAGUGGAAGAAUGGACUGGGAUUUCGACGCAGUUCAUGUGGUGCGUGGGGAGAAAGCUCAAAAUAAGGAGCUAUGGCCUCAUUUGGAUUCCGAUACUUCGCCGGAUGUUCUUCUUGACAAGCUCAAAGGGAUGGUACAACCUUGGAGGAAUUUGUAUGUUGCCACGAAUGAGCCGUAUUAUAAUUACUUUGAUAAGUUGAGAUCGAGUUUCAAAGUCCAUUUGCUUGAUGAUUAUAAGGAACUGUGGGGAAAUUCAAGUGAAUGGUACAAUGAAACCAGUCUUCUCAACAAUGGAAAGCCUGUUGAGUUUGAUGGGUACAUGAGAGUUGCGGUGGAUACGGAAGUCUUUUACCGGGGAAAGACUCGUGUCGAAACAUUCUAUAAUUUAACUAAUGAUUGCAAAGAUGGAGUUAAUACAUGCUGAUCAGGUUGGAACUGCUUAUUUUGAUACGUAUUCACUGUACAAUCAGAUGUUUGUUCUGGAUUCAGUUUCAGAUUCACACCAUGAGGUUAUAUUUAAGCUCACUGUUGUGCUUGCUUGUUCUUUUAUUGUAUUGAUUGAUGAUUUAUUAUUACUUGUGUUGAUUAUCAUGAUUUUGUACACAGCAUAUAUCAUAGAAUCUCUUUCUCUCUUUCUCUGAA